AUGCUCUUCGGCAAAUCUUCCGUCUCGACGGGCCUGCUGGCCAUGGUGACGCUUUCGCUCACCGUUGCAGCCGCUCUGGACCCCAUCGAGCAGCACCUCCUUGCUCGUGAUGGCGACGUCUUCUCGCAGAGCAAGGCUCCUUCUGGCAAGCACGCCACUCCAGUCAACCUCAGCAACGUCCAGGCGUCUAAACAGGCUGUGCUCAAGCUGGUUGGCGAUGACCUUCACACUCCUACACAGUCCGAGACACUGCUCGAAGACUCCAAGUUCGCUGUUCCCGGCGACGUGGCGGCUCAGCUCGGCGACCGCGCCCACUGCUCGCUCGGCCACGACACGGCAAACAUCAAGCGCAUUCGCUACGAGAUGACCGUUCAGAUCGACAGCGACGAAAGCGGAUCCACCACCGAGGCUUCGUCCGAAUCCGUGCGUGGCACUGUGGUCAAGGCGACCUCGGGACUGUACUCGGACGCGAACCCAGACAAGGGUGCUUGCGCAAAGUCGCUUGCCCGCCACGGCGAGACUUGCGUCAACCGUCCCUACAUUGUGCCGCGGUCGGCCCUCCCUGACCUAAGCGAGAGCAAGGCUUCCAGUGCGGCCGAUGGAAAGCUGGGCAAGCGCGCUUUUGGCGAUGCUGCCUCCGAUGGAAAGGACCAGACCAGCUUAACCACCUCAAUCGGCGCGGCGUCGGUCUCGUCGCCUCAAGGAUCCAUGUGUGUUGACACGGUCAAGCGCGAGAAGGAGGUCACCAAGGUUGUCCCCACCGAUGCCCACAAGGCAGCUCAGGAUCCCGGCUCCAAGCUGUACUUUGAGCUUGUUCGUAACGACGAGAAGCCGGGUGUGUGGAAUCAGAUCAUCUACGACAAGCACGGCAAGCCGGUGGACAUUACGCACCUGCAGCUCUCCACCAACAUGUCGUUCUGGCGUGCCGAGUACUACUGUGCCGAGUGCCCGAAAGGCACGCAGAAGCACACGGUGCUGUAUGAAAACAUCGAGAUCGAGGUCGACGACUUCGACGAGCACGCCACCCCAGCGGUGCAGUGCCAGGGCCAGGGCAAGGCCACCAAUGUGCACAAGAAGGACAAGAGCCGCUACGCCCAUAAGAACAACUCGGGCGUCGACUACAAGGGCGUCAUCUUUUCCAUCGACCGCGUCACGCUCGGCAAGUUCGAUGCCAAGGGCAAGGGCGGCUUGGUCGCCGUCACCGAGAACCAGGUUGGCCGCUUCUCCGGCUCUGUGCUUGACGAUCCGAAGAAGUCCCCUCCCCCUAACAGGUACUCAUCGCAAUUAAACGACGCCAGUGCAGCUCCUGGCGGUUCUGGCGGACCGAUCAGCAAGCGCGAUUCCGAAGAGGAGCGCCCUGCGCCAGCCCUCAAAGGAUUCGCCAAGCGCGACUUCUGGGACUUCAUCUUCAAAGACGACCCCAUGCUGCAGUUCUAA